ACAGUUGCUGUUCCAAAUAGCUCUCAGUGAUUUCUGCAUGAGGAAUAAAGAUUAUUUUCCUAAUCUUUCCAUGAAGUUUGUCUAAGGUGGCAGCUUGUGCUCAUCUAUUCAAGAAAUCCCCACAAACGUCGUGUUAAUCCAUUUCUGCGCUGCCCGGCACCGACUGCACCACAUAUGCAAAACAAUCUGUUUUAUGUGUAGCCUUGCCAGCGUGUUUGGCAGACUGAGACUGAGCAUUUUUUAUUGUGUUAUUUCUGAUAAGUCAUGUGGAUCGGCUGCUUUAAAUCCUGUGGCGUGACAUUUACAGCAGCCUCUCCUAUUGUCACUGAUUUUACAUGGAGGACAGAUGGUGCUCGCAUGCAAACCGGACAGGGCAGCGGAGCCUUACGAGUGGAAAGUGAGAGGGUCUCCAGGGUCUGCAGAAAGUUGUGUCUGCCUGCUGUCAUGGCGACGUCCUGUGUGCGCACCGUGGGAGCUUUUCUCGGGAAAUGUGGGAAUUGCAGCGCGAAUUUUAACACUGUGACGUCGCAGUUGAGCCGACAGGUCCUGAGCAGGCAGAUAUGUGUGAGCUCUGCCCUCCACAGAAAGAACCUGGCGGCUGCAGGGCCGGAGAAAUUCACCCUGGAGUUCAUCCAGAAGCAGGUGGAGGAGUACAACGUGGGGAAACGACACCUAGCUAACAUGAUGGGAGAAGACCCCGAGAACUUCACCCAGGAGGACAUAGAUAGGAGCAUCACCUACCUCUUCCCCUCCGGCCUGUUUGAGAAGAGAGCGCGGCCCCUCAUGAAGCAUCCUGAGGAAAUCUUCCCGAAGCAAAGAGCCAUGCAGUGGGGAGAGGACAGUCGGCCGUUCCACUUUCUCUUCUACACGGGCAAACAGUCCUACUACUCCCUGAUGCAUGAAAUAUACGGCAAAAUCCUGAGCAUAGAGAAGCACCAGGAUCGUCUGAGAGCAAAGGGACUCUUCAGCCAGGACGUCAAGCACAUCUCUUUAGGAACGAGUCGAUGGCUCACAAAGGAGGAACUAGAAUCUCUGCUGGUGGAGACCAUCUCCCCUCAUGAUUACGAUCGCCUUGUUACGCUGAUGGAGCGGCUGCUAUCGAUGCCGUACUGCGCCACAGAGGAGGAGUUCGUCCUGCGUUACCGGCGGCAACUGGAGGCUCAGUCCAGGAAGCAAAUGGUGCCGCCCCUGGAGAAGGAUGAAAGAGGCGUGGCCUUCAGCACAGCAGAGGGCCGGAGAAAAACAUCAGAGUCGUCUGUUGUUCUACGAGACUGUGGCUCAGGACGAAUCAGCAUCAACGGUCAGGAUUACCUGCACUACCUCACCAUCCUUCAGGACAGAGAGCAGCUGAUGUUCCCGCUGCAGUUCAUGGGAAUGCUGGGACGCUUCGACCUGGAGUGCAGCGUCAGCGGAGGAGGACGGUCGAGCCAGGCGGGGGCGCUGCGGCUCGCCGUGUCCAGAGCGAUGUGCAGCUUCCUGUCGGAGGGCGAGGUGGAGACCAUGAGACAAGCUGGUUUGCUGACUCCAGACCCCAGAGUGAGGGAGAGGAAGAAGCCGGGCCAGGAGGGCGCACGAAAGAAAUUCACCUGGAAGAAACGCUGAACAGGAAAAAUGGUGUCACCUGAACUCAGACAUGGAAACAUGACUGACACUUGGAGUCCAUCUGAGCAGAUUCCUCGCCUUUGUCCUUUACGCCACGCCGCUUCUGUCCUCAUCCGUGUAGUUAUAAUCUUACAAGAACAAAGUCGUGCUUUACAGGUGGAGUUGACUCUACAGGCUGCAGUGAGCCUGUUCGGCCAGCAGAGGGCAGUGUGUGCAGAUGAAGUUGAAUAUAUUUAUGUGUAUUAAACAUUAAAAUGACUUUUUGACAUAAAAAAA